GCCAUCCUUGAGCAGGCCAACAUCAUGGAGGACAUGGAAAGAUUGGUCGACGGGGUCGAAGGAGCCUUCCCGGUCGGCGCAUGUCCUUUGCUGCAUGGGCUUUACCUCACCGGCAGUCACUGGUCGCAGCAACUCGUCGCAGCCCCCGGGCCGGAAUCCAACGAGUGGCUGCCACCGCUGCGGCUGCUCCCGCUCACGGCGGAGGAGUUUGGUCGCCACAGGCGGCUAGAGGAUGAGUCCGGCGCAACGACUGGGAGGCAGAAGUACUUCAGCU